AGACGUUACCAUGACGUGAAGGUCGGCGCGGAGCCGGCGCCGGAGGUCACACAUUGUUAGCACUUCAUUCGAGAGCGUCAUCGCCGGAUCACAAAAGACGUGCUUUUAUAAAAGCGCACAGAUAAACUUUGCUCCAGUUUGGUUUCGAAAUGUCGUCACAGUAAACGUUAAGUGAUCUGAUCACGAACUAUGUAGUGUACGCAGUUGUAUCAGACUCCGAACCAUGGUGAAGUUAUCACACGAAGCUUAGAGGUUCUCACACUCAUGUGGGUGCUGCUGGCGCUGCUGGCGACGUGCCUGCGCCUGCACGCGCUCCUGCACCACUCCUACACGCUGCCGCCGGGCACCGUCCUCACAGGGGGUGAGCGGUUCGACUACAUCGUGGUGGGCGCGGGCGCAGCGGGCGCGGCCACCGCCGCACGCCUCGCCGCCGCCGGGGCUGACGUGCUGCUGGUGGAGGCUGGCACAGAUCCCAGUUACAUCUCCAAGAUCCCCAGUGCGGCCAUGUUCCUGCUCGGCUCGGAGCUCGACUGGCAGUACCAGACGAUCCCCAACAACGUGUCGUGUCUGUCGUCCCGGGGCGGACAGUGCCGGUUCAGCCGCGGCAAGUGCCUCGGUGGCUCCACCUCCAUCAACUACAUGCUGUACACGCGCGGCAACAGGCAGGACUUCCACGACAUGCCCGUGUCCGGGUGGACCUGGGAAGACUUCAAGCCAUACUUCUUAAAGUACGAAGGUUUACAAGACUUGAACCUGCUGCCAUCCUCUUCUAAGCCAUAUCACAACACUUCAGGUACGAUGCGCAUCGGUUUCUUUGAUGAUUCCCAAAACCCGUGGCACUCCAGGCUCAUACGGUCAUACAUGUCUCUAGGAUUACCAGAAAAUCUUGAUGCAAACGCAGAUUCGCAGAUUGGUGUCAGUCAACUUAUUGGGUACGUUUACGACGGAGAGCGUAUGAGUACGGCGCGAGGAUAUUUAGCAAGAGAUGAUGUCAAAAGAACUCUUAAGAUCGCUAAGAAUGCUCUGUGCACGGGGGUUAUUAUUGAUAGAAGAAAUGUCGCACGUGGUGUCACUGUUGUUCAAGGUUUGUUGACGUUAAAAGUAUACGCGCGCAGGGAAGUGAUCCUAAGUGCUGGAGCCAUUGGAACUCCGCAAAUAUUGAUGUUGUCUGGUGUAGGACCUGCCGAACACUUAUACAGUUUAGAUAUUCCAGUAAAAGUGGACUUGCCAGGCGUAGGAGCGAACAUGACGGAUCAUGUGCUGCCGCUCAUUUUGGCUCAAGUUGAUCAAAGUAACCGAAUACACGACGAUGUGAAGAAGCUGGCGACCUGGACAGACCAGCUCGCCCAGUUACUUGUCACACGGUCAGGUCCUCUCACUUCCAACGGAUUAACGGAUGUGAGUGUGUUCAUCAACUCGCACUGCUAUGACUUCACACGAAGAAAACUACUGAACGUAAGCUUUGAUGGAAGCAACUGUGAGCUACCAAAUCUUCAAAUAAUUCAUGCGUACAUAGAAAGGAACUUAUUGCCUGCAGUUAAGCAUGUGUUCCAGCGUAUCACAGGCUUUAAUGACGACGUCGUGGAACAAAUAGUAAAAGCAAAUGAGAACCACGCGCUCAUUGUAAUAUCUCCAGUUCUCUUGAGUCCCCAUUCAGUCGGAUAUGUCAGGCUUGCUAGCUCCGACCCUAGCGUUCAUCCCGCCAUCUUCCCCAACUACUUGAGUGACGAGAGGGACGUGGACGAAAUUAUGUUCUCCAUACGUAUAAUCGAACAGCUCAUGGAGACGCCGCUGUUUAGGAAACGGAAUGCGACUCUGCUUCAUUUGGAGUUGCCAGGAUGUCCUGGUAUUAGCGAGGACAGGUCUGGCUACUGGAGGUGCUACACCCGCCACGUGACGAGCGCGGUGUUCCACAGCGCGGGCACGUGCGCGCUGGGCGCGGUGGUGGACGCGCGGCUGCGCGUGCGCGGCGUGCGGCGCCUGCGCGCGGCCGACCUGGGCGUGCUGCCGCGCGCGCCCCGCGCCUCCACCGCCGCCGCCGCCAUCGCCCUCGGGGAGAGACUCGCCGACAUGUUGCUCGAUGCCGAAGAUAACUGACUAGCUGUCACACUGCUGCUGGACUAUGACUACUGUACAGCACUUAUAGUCGGUAUGGUUCUGUAUAUAGUAACACGGCUAAUGUGCGACUGCACCGCAAUACGCACUCGAUGCUGACAGGU